UGGGGGAUUCAGCGAAGGAAGCUCGUAACAUGGCGGAUAGCGAGGAAGGCUUUGGGCUCCCGACCACGCCGGCUGACUCGGAGGCCAAGGAGCUCCAGGCUGAAGCCAAGCAGGACACUCAGCUGGGGGCCACCAGCAAGUCCCCCACCUCGCCCCAAGCAGCCUUCACCCAGCAGGGCAUGGAGGGGAUCAAAGUGUUUUUGCACGAACGGGAGCUGUGGCUGAAAUUUCACGAAGUGGGGACGGAGAUGAUCAUAACAAAGGCCGGGAGGCGUAUGUUUCCCAGUUACAAAGUGAAGGUCACUGGGCUUAAUCCAAAAACUAAGUACAUACUGUUGAUGGAUAUUGUACCAGCGGAUGACCACAGAUACAAAUUUGCAGAUAAUAAAUGGUCGGUGACGGGGAAGGCAGAGCCGGCCAUGCCCGGGCGGCUGUACGUGCACCCCGACUCCCCGGCCACCGGCGCCCACUGGAUGAGGCAGCUGGUUUCUUUCCAGAAGCUCAAACUCACCAACAACCACCUCGACCCCUUCGGACAUAUCAUCCUCAACUCCAUGCACAAAUACCAGCCCCGGCUCCACAUCGUGAAAGCAGACGAGAACAACGGGUUCGGCUCCAAGAAUACUGCCUUCUGCACCCACGUCUUCCCGGAGACUGCCUUCAUCGCUGUCACCUCCUACCAAAACCACAAGAUCACCCAGUUAAAGAUUGAGAACAACCCCUUUGCCAAAGGCUUCCGCGGCAGCGACGACAUGGAGCUCCACAGGAUGUCCAGGAUGCAGAGUAAAGAGUACCCGGUUGUUCCCAGGAGCACAGUGAGACAAAAAGUGUCCUCGAAUCACAGCCCCUUCAGUGGUGAGACCAGGGUCCUUUCUGCCUCCUCCAACCUGGGCUCCCAGUACCAGUGUGAGAAUGGGGUGUCGAGCACCUCCCAGGACCUGCUACCGCCUGCCAACCCCUACCCGAUCUCCCAGGAGCACAGCCAGAUCUACCACUGCACCAAGAGAAAAGAUGAGGAAUGUUCCACCACCGAGCAUCCCUACAAGAAGCCCUACAUGGAAACUUCUCCGGCAGACGAGGAUCCUUUCUACAGGUCCAGUUACCCCCAGCAGCAGGGACUGAACACUUCAUACAGGACUGAAUCAGCCCAGCGCCAAGCAUGUAUGUAUGCCAGCUCCGCUCCCCCCACGGACCCUGUGCCCAGCCUGGAAGACAUCAGCUGUAACACUUGGCCGAGCGUGCCAUCCUACAGCAGUUGCACAGUGUCUGCCAUGCAGCCGAUGGACAGGUUACCCUACCAGCAUUUCUCUGCCCACUUCACCUCGGGGCCGCUGAUGCCCCGGCUCAGCAGCGUGGCCAAUCAUACCUCCCCCCAAAUAGGAGAUACCCAUAGCAUGUUUCAGCACCAAACCUCGGUUUCUCACCAACCCAUCGUCCGGCAGUGUGGACCUCAAACUGGCAUCCAGUCCCCCCCCAGCAGCUUACAGCCUGCAGAAUUCCUGUAUUCCCACGGCGUGCCUCGAACCCUUUCGCCCCACCAGUACCACUCAGUCCACGGCGUGGGCAUGGUGCCAGAGUGGAGCGAGAACAGCUAACGAGGCGGUCAGGAAAGUGCAAGAGCAUUAGCCACGGGGGAAAAAAAAUAAAUAUGGGAAAAGAAAAAGGAAAAAAAUACCCUGUCGAUAAUAAAAGUGAAAGUAUUUUGCAAGACUGUUUUAACUGAAUGUUCACCGAUAGCACUCGAGAGGGACGGACACUGAUUGAAACCACAGAUGAAAUAGUCAUCGGCCUCGGUGUGACUUACCCCCCCCCCCUCCUUUUUCUUUUGUUUCAAAAGAAAAAAUCAACAAAUCGGCACACUUCUCCCCUGCCACCAUCCCCACCCAGUUUGUGUUGCAGCCACCGCCAGCCCUGUGCCCUCGUCCCCCCCCACCCUCCUGCUCUUUUUGUUCUCCAAGGGACACCAAACUCCUGCUGCCUUUCUCAACACAGUCAGAAUGCUUGAACGAAAACAACUAGGAUGUUAC